UUUUUUGGCUCAUCCCCUAUAUAUAAUUAUAUAUAUUAUUUCCUGUCUCACAAAUCCAACCAUCUUCAAGGUUUGCCCUCUAAUUCUAUUAUACGUACGUAUACAUGCAUCAUCAUGUUUCUUCAUCUUUUAUAUAUUAAUUGACGAUAUACGUGCGUACCUCUCUUGUUUAUUUUUAAUUUGCAACCUUAUUCAUCUUUUGAAUUUUGUGGGUUAUAUUGAUUGCACCAUCUCUUGUUCUGCAUGCAUUCUUGUCUAUUUCAUUUUCUUCUUCUGCAUUCUUAUUCGCAUUAACUAUUUAUUAGUUUGCUUCAGAUAUAUACAUCCAUUAUUCAACGACUUAGUUUCCUUUUUCUUAUUAUAUAGGAUUUCAAUGUCUGUACCUCCUGUUCUCUUCUGCAAUACACGUGGUUGCUCUCUCUUUUUACGUGAUGCAAGUCAUUCAAAUUAUCAGCUUAGUUUUACGUUCUUCGUUUCCCAAGUUUUUCUCACAUCACUCACAUGAAAUCUGUUGUAAAGUUGCUGACUUAAUUAUUAAAUAGAUGACAAAACCUGUCGUUAUUGCUCGGCAAAAUCAGAGCCAAAGAUUUUAUUUAUAGACUUAGCUUCCACUGCAUGUGGGUAAGGUAAUUAAGCUUAUUAAUAUAUAGUAUGGUUGUUAAUUUCUCUUCUUCUUUACAUAUGGUUGUUAGCUAGGCUUCUUUACUUUGGCUUUCUAAAACUUGGUAAAAGCUUGUGUUUAUCCUCUUUUUGUACACAUGCAUGAUAAUGUUAUUUGCCUUGUGUGGUCUGAUGAUGAGAAUUUCUCUGUGAUUCAGAAGAUCUUUGUUUUGGAAUCAAACAUAAAUCAUGGAUGGUGUUAAUGUCGUCUUGGAUGGUAAGAAGAAGGAAACUGACGUUGCAAAAGAUAUUCUUGGACUUACAAAUGUUAGCUCAAUCAACGACUACGAUCUCUCAAAGCUAAUCGGCAAGCCACGAUUAAACAUAGAGCGGAAAAUAUCAUUCGACGAUAGGUCACUCAGCGAGUUAUCAAUCGGUUUAAUCAGAGGUUUAGAUACUUACGAGAGUAUAUACUCACCAUUGGACAGCCCCACCAGAUCAUCAGCAGCUGAUGAUUCUUUCGAGCCUCAUCCGAUUGUUGCAGAUGCGUGGGAGGCGCUUCGACGCUCCUUGGUCUACUUCCGUGGUCAACCGGUCGGCACAAUCGCUGCUUACGAUCAUGCUUCUGAAGAAGUCUUGAAUUACGAUCAGGUUUUUGUUAGAGAUUUUGUACCGAGUGCCCUGGCUUUUCUAAUGAACGGUGAGCCUGAUAUUGUGAAGAACUUUUUACUCAAGACACUUCAGCUACAAGGGUGGGAGAAGAAAAUAGAUAGGUUCAAAUUGGGUGAGGGUGCUAUGCCUGCUAGCUUCAAAGUUCUUCACCAUCCUGUUCGUAAAACGGAUACCAUAGUUGCAGAUUUUGGUGAGAGUGCUAUCGGCAGAGUUGCUCCUGUUGAUUCUGGUUUCUGGUGGAUUAUUCUUCUGCGUGCUUAUACAAAAUCCACAGGAGAUUUAUCUCUUGCCGAAACUGCAGAAUGCCAAAAGGGUAUGAGACUUAUACUCACGCUCUGUCUCUCUGAAGGAUUCGACACAUUCCCCACUUUGCUUUGUGCCGAUGGUUGCUCCAUGAUCGAUCGUAGAAUGGGAAUAUAUGGGUACCCUAUUGAGAUACAAGCACUCUUCUUUAUGGCAUUAAGAUGUGCUCUCGUAAUGAUGAAGCAAGACGAAGAAGGACAAGAGUUCAUCGAGAGAAUAGAAAAGCGUUUGCACGCCUUGAGCUAUCAUAUGAGAAGUUACUUUUGGAUCGAUUUCCAGCAACUAAAUGAUAUAUAUCGUUAUAAAACAGAGGAAUAUUCCCAUACUGCUGUGAAUAAGUUUAACGUAAUUCCGGAUUCGAUACCGGAGUGGGUGUUCGACUUUAUGCCGACACGUGGCGGAUAUUUCGUCGGAAAUGUAAGUCCGGCGAGGAUGGAUUUUAGGUGGUUUGCAUUGGGCAACUGUGUGGCAAUAUUGUCUUCUCUAGCCAGUCAUGAGCAAGCAUGUGCAAUAAUGGACCUGAUUGAAGGAAGGUGGGAGGAGUUGGUUGGAGAGAUGCCUAUGAAAAUAUGUUACCCAGCUAUUGAAAAUCAUGAGUGGCGAAUAGUGACGGGCUGUGAUCCCAAGAAUACAAGAUGGAGUUAUCAUAAUGGAGGGUCUUGGCCAGUGCUGUUAUGGAUGGUGACAGCUGCAUCGAUCAAAACUGGGAGGCCGCAGAUUGCAAGACGAGCAAUAGAUAUAGCAGAGAGCCGUUUGGGGAAGGAUGGGUGGCCAGAAUACUAUGAUGGCAAACUGGGAAGGUAUAUAGGUAAGCAAGCAAGGAAAAACCAGACAUGGUCAAUUGCUGGAUAUUUAGUCGCAAAAAUGAUGUUGGAGGAUCCUUCUAACUUGGGGAUGAUUUCUCUUGAACAAGACAAGCAGAUGAAGCAUGUUUUUAAGAGAUGUUCCUCCUGGACUUGCUGAACAUCCUCAAAGAAUUAUUAUUUUAUUUGGUGAUUUAAUUCCCUCAUUGUUGUUGUAAAUAUGAUUACAAGUUUGUUUCUGUUUUACUUGUCAUAUAUGAUUCUGAUGAAGACGAAAGACAUUCUUUGCAGUAUCUAAACAACGCAAGCUUUCAUUGAAGACAAUCGAUAAAAAAUUACAACUCCUCCUGAUACCUCUAAAAGUUGGGUGGCGGUUAAUAAACAUAUUUUUACAUAAAAUCUCAA